AUGGAGGCUUUGUCUGCGAUGAUGAGAAAGGCAAGUAACUUUGGGUCGUUUAAAGGAAUUUCUCUACCUAAUCAAGGGCCUAGUAUUUCACAUCUUCUCUACGCCGACGACUGUACAUUUUUGGGAGAUUGGUCCAUGAGUAAUUUGAAGCAGAUGGCCAAAAUGCUUCGGGUCUUCCAUAUUUGCUUGGGUCUGAAGAUAAACAUGAGUAAGUCAACAAUGUUUGGGAUCGGUGUAAGUGAUGAGGAGGUUAGAAGAGCUUCAGAAAUUGUUCGUUGCAAUCCAAGUACCAUUCCCUUUACUUAUCUUGGUAUCCGUAUUGGUAGUAAUAUGAACAGAAUCGCGAAUUGGGAUUUCUUGUUUGAUAUUUUCAAAAAGAGGCUGUCGAGGUGGAAGGCAUCUUGUCUGUCCUUGGGUGGACGGGUCACACUCAUCAAAGCGGUACUGGAAAGUCUACCCACCUACUAUUUUUCCUUGUUUAAAGCCCCGGUUAAAGUUAAUGAAGGUUUGGAAGGAAUUAUUAGGCUCUUUCUUUGGGGAGGGAGUGAUGACUCAAAUAAAAUACAUUGGGUAGGAUGGGAAAGGGUGGCGUCACCUACUAGUUCAGGAGGUCUUAGGCUGUGUAAACUUGCAGAUUCAAACAAAGCUCUUUUGUCUAAGUGGUUUUGGAGAUAUCAGUUGGAACCUGAUGGUUAA